CUUUAUCGUUUAAACCACACUAGUGUCUGUCUCGUUCACUCCCAAAGACGCUCUCUUUCCCCAAAGAGCGGAUUCACCAUCUCGAUCUGCCCAAGCUCCUUCUUUUCCUGAAGAGUUUUCUGUAGCUUCGCAGAUCGGAGGAAGGUGAUGCAGUCCUAAGACUCAAGACUUCAAGGCUAUAUCUUCUAGUGGGAUUUCAGAAAUGGGGAAGGAAAAUGCUGUGUCUCGUCCUUUCACUCGUGCCUUUGCGUCUGCUUUGCGCGCUUCAGAAGCGACCUCUACUACACAGAAUCAACAGAGAGCAAACACAAAAAGACCAGCCUUGGAAGAUAUGAACGUCACUGCACCCAAUAAGAAGAAGAAGCGAGCAGUUCUAGGGGAUAUCUCAAAUGUUAGCUUCAAUGCAGCUCAACUUAAGGCCAAAAACACCAAGCAGGUAAAGAAGGGACAGGGAUUGGCGAGUGCAUCCCAGCUGACAUCUUCUGUUACUUCAGAUCUCACAGAUCUUCAGUCUGGGGCCGAUGCAAAAGCAGAAGCUGUAUCAAUUACAGCAGGAAACCUGUCUCUUUGCAAAAGUACAAAUGACACAGCUGAGAACUGUAUUGAGAAGUGGAAUUUCAGAUUGCCUCCAAGACCUCUUGGGAGAUCAGUUUCUAUAGCUGAGAAAAGUGCUGUUAUUGGUAGUUCAACUGCACCGGAUAUCCAAAAAUUCAUAGACAUUGAUUCAGAUGACAAGGAUCCUUUAUUGUGCUGCCUCUAUGCCCCUGAAAUCUACUACAAUUUGCGUGUUUCAGAGCUUAAACGCAGACCAUUUCCAGACUUUAUGGAGCGAGUACAGAAGGAUGUCACUCGGUCCAUGCGGGGAAUUCUGGUUGAUUGGCUUGUCGAGGUGUCUGAGGAAUACACGCUUGUACCUGACACUCUUUAUCUCACCGUGUAUCUCAUAGACUGGUUCCUCCAUGGAAACUACAUGGAAAGACAGAGGCUUCAAUUGCUCGGCAUCACAUGCAUGCUAAUUGCCUCAAAGUAUGAGGAAAUCUGUGCGCCACGCAUUGAAGAGUUUUGCUUCAUCACGGAUAACACCUACACAAGAGAUCAGGUCCUGGAAAUGGAGAACCAAGUCCUAAAGCAUUUUAGCUUCCAAAUAUACACUCCCACUCCAAAAACGUUCCUUAGGAGAUUUAUCAGAGCAGCGCAUGCCUCUCAUCUGAGCCCGAGUCUUGAAACUGAGUAUCUAGCAAGCUAUCUAACGGAGUUGACGUUGAUAGACUAUCAUUUCUUGAAGUUUCUUCCUUCCGUCAUCGCUGCUUCAGCGGUCUUUCUUGCCAAGUGGACAUUGGACCAAUCCAACCACCCAUGGAAUUCAACACUCGAGCAUUACACAACGUACAAAGCGUCAGAUCUGAAAGCAUCUGUUCUUGCCUUACAAGAUCUGCAGCUUAACACCAAAGGCUGCCCCUUGAGCGCUAUACGCUUGAAGUAUAGGCAAGAGAAAUUCAAAUCUGUGGCGGCUCUCACAUCUCCAAAACUACUUGACACGCUAUUCUGAAGGGCUAAACCGAACGGUUCAUCUCCUAACCGAUAAUAGAUCUGGAACGAGAACAUUGAUGGUCCCGGUUCAUCUUCAUUCAUCUAGUUACUCUUUUGUUCAUAAAACAGUUCCCACAGUCCCACUCAUCUAAUAUUUGAUUAGAAUUUGGUUUAGUUUGAUCUGGGGGGUUUGGUUCUUCCAAACCCGGUUUCCAUCUAAUCGGUAACAAGAGGUUAUUUUAAUUGUAACGAGAAUGUACAUUUCUCCCAUCAUGAGGUUAUGUUAACAGUUUCGGAAUUU